UGAACUUUAACGACAAUGGAAGAAGUUCAACUUAGCAAAGACCAAUUAUCUCAUUUGCAAAUGGCAUUCGACGCGUUCGAUCAUGACAAAAAAGGAUGUAUCAGCACGAAUAUGGUAAGCACAAUUUUGGGUAUGCUUGGUCACGAGGUCUCACCAGAAGAGCUCGCAGAAAUUAUUGUGGAAAUUGAUACAGAAGGAAAUGGCGAAUUAAAAUUCGAGGAGUUUUGCAAGUUAGCGUCGCGCUUUCUCGAAGAGGAAACUGACACGGAAGCGAUACAGGAGGAGUUACGAGAGGCAUUCCGAUUGUACGAUAAGGAAGGCAAUGGUUAUAUCACUACAGACGUGUUCAGAGACAUCCUUCACGAAUUGGACGACGCAUUAUCUCCGGAGGAGCUUGACAUGAUCAUAGAGGAGGUGGACACUGACGGAUCUGGCACGGUUGAUUUCGAUGUGUUGAAGAAAGCUUUCGAUGCCUUCGAUCACGAAAAGAAGGGCAGUAUCGGCACCAACAUGGUAGGCACAAUAUUGACCAUGUUGGGUUACGAGCUCAGCGACAGCACGCUGCAGGAUAUUAUUAAAGAAGUCGACGAGGAUGGUUCCGGAGAACUCGAGUUCGAAGAAUUCUGCACGCUGGCUGCUAGAUUCUUAGUAGAAGAGGAUCAGGAAGCGAUGCAGCAAGAAUUACGCGAGGCAUUCCGGUUGUAUGACAAAGAGGGCAAUGGUUACAUAACUACUGAGGUCUUUCGCGAUAUUCUUCACGAACUCGACGACAAACUAUCACCGGAAGAACUUGAUCUAAUGAUCGAAGAGAUUGACGCUGAUGGUUCAGGAACGCUCGAUUUUGACGAGUUUAUGGAAGUCAUGACGGGAGGUGAUGACUAAGUGGAGCUGAUAAUGAAGAUGGGCACUCGGUGGCUGGCUGUUAGCCGCGCAAUUGGCAACGCCCGUCAGAGAGAGAGAAAGAGAGAGCGUUCCUUCUUAAUCAUUCAGGCGCUUUUGCAAACCACUAAACUACCGAGGAAAAUUGGACGUUUACGAUCAUCCGUGGUAUCGUUGGCUGACGUUCGAUGACUUUCAUCAUGCAAAGUGAAGAUCACAACGUUUCCGUUUUUAAUCGACAUCAGGAGCAAUGAAAAUCUCGGAGUGCCUCGAGUAAAUCAACGUUUGUGCGAAGUAAAGUAGCGAUGUAAAUUUUUUCAUCACGGCGAAAUGAGUACGCGCGCAAAGCCCAACGCAAUUAUCUCUAGUUGAUUACGUCGCGAAGAAAGUUUAUAAUUUCCUACUCUACGAAUGUCAUUAGAUAUUGUUUCGAGAUUUUACACGUGAAAGUACGGAGAGGUUCAAUAUGUAACAUUAGUCAUAUGUAAUAAGUUAUUAAAUUAUUAAGUAUGCUGCGUAAA